UCCUCAGUGCAGUUCUCCGCCUGCCUCCUAUCGGCCAGGCGCCCCACACUCCUGCCAUCUCGCUGGAAUUCCUGACUCCUCUGGUCCACUGUCGGCGGGAGCCCCCUGCCAGGCCGAGGUGCGGCCCUGCCCUUCUCGCUGGGGGAAACCUGUCCCACCAAGGGCGCUUUCAGGAAGAACUCAGCUCGCUUUAGGACCCAGGAGGAAAUCAGUUGCUCCCCGCCUAUCCCCAGAGCAAGUUCCUGGUUUCUGAGGUGGGACAGCCACCCGGGGAGAGGUGACAUUGGUACCGGUGCCCUGUGGCCAGGCCAGACGCUCCUGUGCCUGCUCUCAGGGUCCCCUCCCGUCCUGCAGCGCCAUGAAACUGCACCGCAGGUCCGUGCUGAGCUUCUUCCAGGGGUACAGCACCCAGGCCCCAGACCAGGAGGGCCUCCUGCUCAAGAAGGGGUCCCGGAAUUCCAGCUACCAGCGCCGCUGGUUCGUCCUGCGGGGGAACCUCCUCUUCUACCUGGAGCGCCGGCAAGACCCCGCACCCCUGGGCCUUAUCCUCCUGGAGAACUGCCAGGUGCAGCCCCGCAGCAAGGCCGCAGAGCCCUAUGCCUUCAGCAUCCUGACCCCGGGGGCCGCGGAGGGCGCAGGCGGGCGGGCCUACAGGCUGGCUGCAGAGACCCAGGAGGAACUGGGGGCCUGGCUGCAGGCCCUGGCUGGGGUGAGCUGGAGGCGGCUGGCCAGGUUGCUCCCGCUGGUGGAAGCCCAGUACCGGGCACUGUGCCAGGCAGCUGGCCAAGAACCCAGCUGGCCCGACAAGGACUGCGGGUUUGCAGCCAUCACCAGCCCCACUUCCAGCUUCCUGGAGCUGCAUGAGCGCUUCGGGGCACCAAUCCGGCUGCUGCUGGGGACACACAAAGGACCCCAGAAAGCCAGGGACGAAGACAGCAGGUCCCAGGCAGAGGCGGAACAGCAGCAGGAGCCCAGCCCAUGUUUGCUGAGUGACUGA